AUGCUCAUCGCAGUGACAGUUCCUGUAGUACUAGUAUCCCUCCUAGUGGUAAUGGGCAUACUCUGGAAGUUGUACUGGAAAGGGAAGUCAGGUAACGAUGAAGAUUAUGCUAUGUAUGAAGAGGAGACUCCCCUACAUAUUGAUAUCAGACGAUUCACGUACGCAGAGCUGAAGUUCAUAACUAACGACUUCAAAUCAAUCAUUGGGAAAGGAGGUUUUGGUAUUGUUUACCAUGGCACACUGGAAAAUGAUAAUGAGGUAGCUGUUAAGGUGCUUGUGGAGACAUCAAUAGCAGAGUCAACAGACUUCCUCCCUGAGGUGCAAACUUUGUCUAAAGUUCAUCACAAGAAUCUCGUGACUUUGCAAGGAUAUUGCCAGAACAAGAAGUGCCUUGCACUUGUUUAUGACUUCAUGCCCAGAGGAAAUCUUCAACAACUUCUAAAAGGAGGAGAUGAUGAUAGUUUGACUUGGGAACAUCGACUUUAUAUUGCCCUUGAUGCUGCACAAGGACUGGAGUAUCUACAUGAGUCAUGCACCCCAUCAAUAGUGCACAGAGAUGUGAAGACCCCAAACAUCCUUCUGGACAAGAAUCUCCUGGGAGUAAUAUCUGAUUUUGGGCUUUCACGAGCUUUUAAUGAUGCUCACACACACAUAUCCACUGUUGCUGCUGGCACUCUUGGCUACCUCGACCCUGAGUACCAUGCAACUUUCCAACUCACUGUCAAGACAAACGUUUAUAGCUUUGGCAUCGUGCUCUUGGAGAUCAUCACCGACCAAUCCCCAGUAUUUAUGGACCCUCAAACCGUCCACCUACCGAAUUGGGUGCGGCAGAAGAUAGCUAAAGGCAGUAUUCACGAUGUUGUAGACAAGAGACUGACGGAUCAUUAUGAUGCCAGUUCCGUACAGAGUGUGGUGGACCUUGCCCUGAACUGCGUUGAAAAUGCAGCCAUCGACAGGCCCACCAUGACAGAGGUUGUUUCAAGGCUCAAAGUGUGGUUGCCAGCCGUUUCGAAUGAAAAGCAAUCUACUUCUGGGACUUCCCGACGUAAAUACUCCAUGGAUACUGAAAUUUUGAAGCAGUUCGAGUUCAUGACUUCAGGAGUAAGCAACACAAAGAGUUCCUUCCAGUCUGGCAAUACUGAUGGGAUGUCACAAAUAUAA